AUGAAUCGUUUCCUCAAGUCCAAGAAGGAGAAGGUCAAGGACGAUGGAGAGGCCGCCGAAUCCUUCCAUACCACCCUCACCGCAAAACUGUCCAAACGAAGCAAGAAAGAGCCAGAAGAGAAACCAGAGCUCGACCUGUCCUCCGCUCUGCCCUCCACAGAUGACUUCCGCACCAGUCUGCUCAUGCCCAAGCUCUCCGCCCGGUUCAGCAUGCUGCGAGAACAAGAUGACCCGGACACCAUGAUCGGGAAGGCGAGCGACGACAGCGUUCUCUUCCCCAAGCGAGCCUCCCGCCUCAAUCUCUUCGGCCACACUCCCAACUUCCUGACUGAUAUCGAUGAAGUCUCCACCGACGGCAGCCGCCCAUCCUUCGGUCUGGGGCGCACCGAUUCUUUCGCCUCGGGCGGCGAUGGCUACGGUACGGAUGACGAUCGUUCCCAGAAAGACAGCAUCAUGAGCCGAGCUCGUCGGGCCGAAGGGAACAACCUGUUUGGUGGACGCCAGAAAGUCUAUAAAAUCCCGGCCAAGGCGACUCAGUCGGAAGCAGGGCGUUCCGGCAUGGCUGGCCGUGCUGUGUACGAGCCCGAUGUGACCUUGUCGGCAUUUCAGCGGUAUCGAUUGCAGGAGAAGGAGAGGGGGGCAAACACUGUCGAAGACGCACAACAGGAUUCCAACGCCCAGGAAUCCGAAGACGGUCUGUCGAGUGUCUCUUCGACUAAACGGACCACCUUUUCUUCCACAACGUCAGGGCCCACGGUCAGCGGCCGUAUCUCCACAGCGGCCACCUCGGUCGACGAGCAAUCUUUCUCCAACACGGGGAGCCUCACUGAAGGCUCUCAAGCAGUGUCGAAACCACCGUUGCCAGGGAUGGCUCCCGAUCGCGGCUCGCUGAAGUCGAGACGGCUCUAUGGACAGGGUCUGGCUCAAUCGGUCCAGAAUCAACACAACUCGGCGCUGCAUCGCCUGGAGAGCCUGAGCCGACAGCGGGCUGGGACCCCGGAACUACCUGUUCUCAACAGGUCGUAUUCGAGGAGCGCCACCAAUCUUCGUGACAGGUUGCAGAAGCUUGCCAUCGCCGAACCGACAGGCCAGGCAUCCAGUCCUAGCAGCCCACCCUCCUCCUCAGACUCUCCGACACAACGGCCUGUGGAGUCUACGGCGCAGGAACAAAAGUCCCAGACGUCACCUGAUUACGCGGCGCCGCCGCUCAGCCCUCCCCACAGUGAAAACGACGAGAACGCGGCUCUCAUGGCCGCCCUGCAACCUGAAGACCAUGGCAAAGCCACCGCGAUGGGACUAUUUAACAAGCCCAGAACCCCCUUCGACGAGGAACAGUUCACUCGCCGCCAGCUUCAGAUGCACCAAGGGAGAAACACUCCCCCAUUGAGCCGACCCUCCCCUAUGACCUCUGGUCGUGGAACGCCGCAGGACCUUCCUGGACGUCCCCGUGGCCAUUCGACGACCAGCUAUCGGUCCCGAGGUGGCUCGGUCUCAUCUCACUACAGUGAGACGCAGCGUCCAGGUACCGGAACAAGCGUGGGCGCCUCACCGGCAAGAGGAAUGAACGGGACAUUCUUCGAUACCACCCCUAGUGAGUCGGAAGACGAAGGCGACUAUGCCUUCGUUCACCCCGCCCUUCGAUCCAAGACCCCUUCCAAGCCUUCUACUCCUACAGGAGAAGAAUCAAGCCCUCUCAGCCCGCUUCCCGAGGUUCGCUAUUCAGAUCUCGGAGACCUGAAACCGAUCGCUGAGCAGGAUGCUGUGGAGAGCAACCCCGAGCACGAAGAGGCACUUCCUGAAAAACCAGACUCGCCCACCCUGGGCCCGUCGGGACUGGGGCUCAGCGGGUUGAUCCGUACCCAUCUCCGGCAUGGCAGUGAUAGAUCGUCGAUUUUCCCUCCACCUUCCCCAGGGCUUCCACCGAACCCCGCGGAUGACGAUGCCGACCGGGCACUCUCCGUUGCCGAGUCAGAAGCGAAAGAUACCUCAUCACAGCCGUCCGCAAUGCCCAAAUCUGUUGAUCUCAAGCAAGCUCUCAACGGAUCCUCGUGGCAAGGGCAGAUCGUGGCACAGCACCGGCGCGGAGGAAGCACGGAGACCCAAAGGGAACGGGAGGAAUUCGAAAAUGAGCUGGCAGAGCGACGUAGGAAGGUCCAAGAAAAGCUCAAGGGCUUUGCUGAGAGCGAGAGCCGAUCGGCUAGCCCUGUGUCCGGUCGCCACACGCCCGAUUAUCCUCCCGCACGCCCUGGAAAUGCGUUUGCCUUGCUGAAGAGCCGGUCUGGGAAACAUCACCUGUUCAACCGACAACAGGAUUCGAAGAACCCCCGGGGCUACGGCAUGGGAAACGCUUCGACUCCGUCCCUAGUCCCAGACGACGCCUGGGAGGAAGAGAGACCGUCCUUCCUGGGGAAGCAUUCGAACUCGAGCUCUCCACAUGUGGGGGAGCGGUCCAUGCGGUCCAGAAUGGCCGCCUUUGGCCGCACCAGCCAGGAGGAUUCCCGUGAGUCGAGUCGUAGCCGGGGCGCGUCACCCCAUGCGAGCUUCAGAUCUCGGCGAGACCGGUCGAGUUCGGACGCCUCGGGCCGCUCCAAGAGCCGUAACCGCCCCAACAGAGAAGACCUCGAGACCCUCGAGGAAGACACCGUGGGCCCGUACGGACGCCGUGGGUAUCCUGAUAUCGACACCCAUGGAAUGAAUUCUGUCGCGUCAUCCGCUCGCCCCUCGGUGGAAGUCAGCGAUUCCCCGUACGAUCGAUCAUCGUCGGCCGCGUCGGGGCGGAUGCGCAGUGGGAGCCGGUCUGGUGCCCACGACCGACCUCUGCAGCUUCCACCCGCCACGAACUCCCCGAUGGUCGGUGCGCCGCGACCAUCCCCUAUCGCGCCGUACUCGGCCAACGCGACGCCCCCGCUGUACGAUCUGCCGUCCGAGCAUGGCGCCACACCCGCACCCACACAUCCCAGCACGAUCCCGCAACGCGCCCCGGGUCACGGCGCCCUGCAGAAGCGUCUUAUCGAUAAGACGCAAAUCUCCGAGCCCACCUUCAUCUCAUGCACGUCAAACGUCCCGACCGUCGGCCUUCCCCCGGGCGCCAGCCUGAGCAACGGCAUGGAAACACCGCCCGUGCCUCCGAUGAACCCACGCCGCCGUCGGCAGACGACUACGCAGACUAUCCUGGGCGCGAUCAAGGGCGAGAAGCCCGAAGCCCCUCCCAACGCCUCGUGGGGGCCUGACGAGCACAGCACUUUCUCAGACGAGGGCGAGCGACGCCCGAAAUCGCGACAUCGUCUGCGCAAGACUUCCAGCGAGGGAGGCAACCUCAACGCCAAGGCAAGACAGCAGGCAAUGAAUGCUGCGCCGCCGCCGGCGAUGCCUACGUAUCCCCCGCCUCAGGUUCCUAUGGAGGGGGGCAUGUUCUGA